GUGUCGAUACGCUUAGCUCCUUGCUCGGCGCGGCUGCCCGCAUCAAACUGUGGAGGCAGCCUUCGCGAGCAUGUAGGCCAUGCCUGGGCAGCGGCUGCGCCUCGCGCUCGCCGCCAUUUUUGCGGGCGCGCGCGCGCAGUGGCACAUCUACCACUCCGACCGAAGCGCGGACAGCGUCUGCGCCCUGUGGCUGGAGUACGUGCUCGCGCGCGCCUUCCCCAACGUGACUGGCAGCGCGUGCGUCUCGAGCUCCAACGGCCACCGCGACGACUGCCGGCGGGCGCCGCCGACGAACUUUAGCGUCUUCUUCGAGAAGGAGCCCGCCGACGGGCCCAGCAUGAAGAAGCGGGCCGACGCGCACGACCUCGUCGUCACGAGCCUCGCCUCGACGCGGACGCCGCGGGCCGUCUACGUGCCGUGGGCGGCCCUCUCGUUCGUGUCACGCACGCAGCCGCCCGCGGCGCUGCUGCGCCCGGCGGGGGCGCCGGCGGAGGCCCGGACGAAGGCCGUGCUGUACCUGAACAAGCACCGGGUCUGGUACCGCGAGAAUUUCGUCCGGGACCUGCGAGACGGGAACAUUCCCGUGGUGAGCCGGGACGACCUGCUGCGGAACGGGACGCUGAGCGACGUUCGCGCCGCGAACGUCAAGACGGAGGACGGCCGGCAGCUCUUCUUCGACGAGGCCGUCGAGGUGGCGGCGCGCUUCGACGUGCUCCUGGCGUUCGAAAACGCGGUAAAACCUGGGUGGGUCACGGAGAAGAUCGUCAACGGGUUCCUCGCUGGCACGGUCCCCGCGUACCGCGGCACCGACGACGUCUUCCGCUUCUUCAACCGGGAGGCGUUCAUCCACUGCGCCUCGGCCGGGACGCGGUGCGAGGCGGCCAUCCGCCGCGCGCUCGCCGACGGCGACGCGCUGCGCCGGCUGCGCGAGGCGCCGCCCGUGACCGCGGAGGGGUACGCGCGGUUGUUUCCGUGGCACGACACGGUCGCGGACGAAGCGUGGUAUGCGAACGUACGGCGCAUUCUGACCACGCCGCGGGAAGUCCGGGCCAAACGGGCCGACGGCGGCUCCUGCGCCCGCCCGACGCCGGACGACGCAUUGCUGCGCGCCUGGCGGGACGCCCUCGCCGAGGGACACGAGGGCACGUGCAUGCGACGGCCGGCCGGGAGACGGUCGGCGAGGCCGCGCCGAGCGCCGCGCAAGCGGAGGCCAGAGUACUGCCCACGCCCGACGCCGGACGACGCAUUGCUGCAAGCAUGGCAGGAUGCCCUCGCCGACCUCCCGGAGGACAUGUGCGAGCGACCGCGGGAGAAGCGUCGGGCGCGCCGGACACCGAACAAGCGGCGGCAGGAUAUCUGCCCGCGGGUUGCGCCGGAUGAUGCGCUGCUGCAAGCAUGGCGGGACGCGCUGACCAAGAAAUCCGAAGGCGAAGGCGUGUGCAAGAAUCGCCGCGGAAAGUCGACGGCACGGAUCGCCCAGGAGAAGAUCCACCAGAAGUUCGGCCGCGUGGCCCUGGCGGAUAAGCGGAGACACGCCGACCGCAUCGCGGCGAAGGCCAACCUCUACGCCCGAGGCGCGCGCAUCAGAGACAGCGCGAAAGGCAGGUGAUAGUAGUGUAAGUUAGACUCAAUUGUUAA